AUGGUGGCGCACGGCAGAGCCAAAACAAACCGCUCCACCACUUCAUACAUUGGGUUCAAGUCUGAAGGGACAAAGGAUGUCCGCUCCAUCGUCUUUGUCUUCUUUGUCGCUGAACUCGUCACCGUUAUUGUCAUCACCGUCGUCGUCGUCAUCAUCAUCAUCAUCAUCAUUACUCUUCCCAAGUCCAAGACACAGCCGCGCGGUGGGGAGCUGUUCGCAUCGAAAUGGCUCAUCCGACAGUCAACACACCUCCAUCAACCCGUCGACCAGUUUCGCCAUCAGUGCUCACUUACUGUUUCGGUGAUGUUGCAGACUGUAGCAGUUCCGCCGUCGCACAAACCAUGCAAUCCACCCCAGCAUUGGCCCAUUCACUACCAGUGCUCUCCCGGCGCCUCCGCUUCUCCCGUAGCUACCGAGUCGGCCGGCACAUGUGACAUGAUCUAA